AUGUGCUACCUAGCACACAAGGGAUUCUUUGAGAUAGUAAGAGUCCAUGACAACAAAGAAGAACAGGAAGCAUAUGCUCUAACUGCUGCGUCAGAGCUUCUUGUCAAAGGCAGUGACCUUUGUCUAGUACCAAUGGUAGAGUGCAAUCUUGCCCCUGAUUUUUUAUGUGUGUGGCCUCAGUUAAAGAAGUGGACUUGUGAGGAUAAUCUCACCCUAUUUGAUGUCUCCAUAGGAUCAAAUUUGUGGGAACUUCUCGGUAACCCUGCAUAUAACAAGUUAUUCAAUGUCGCAAUGGCUAGUGAUUCUCAGAUGAUGAACAUGGCGUUGAGAGGUUGCAAUUGGGUGUUUGAAGGAGUGGAGUCCAUUGUGGAUGUUGGUGGUGGAACCGGAAUUACAGCUAAGACUAUCUGUGAGGCAUUUCCUAACAUGAAAUGCAUCGUCUUGGAUCUUCCUCGUGUUGUAGAAAACAUGGCAGAAAGCAACAAUUUGACAUAUGUUGGUGGGGACAUGUUUAAAUCUAUUCCCAAGGCUGAUGCAGUUCUUCUUAAGUGGAUUUUACAUAACUGGAAUGACAAGGAUUGUAAGAAGAUAUUAGAAAAUUGUAAAGAAGCAAUUUCUGAUAAAGGUAAAAAGGGAAAAGUAAUUGUGAUAGAUGUUGUGAUUAACGAAAACGAAGGUGAGCACGAACUUACUGGACUGAAACUCCUCCUGGACGUAACCAUGGCUUGUCUUAUGAAUGGAAAAGAGAGAAAGAGAAGAUGA